AUGAAUGGAGGACAGCAAGGCCAAGGAGGAUACUCCUCUGGCCUAUUCAACACAAGUCCUAUGCAAAGACAGAGCCAAGAUAUGUACAGAGGAUCUUAUGCAUCAAACAACAUGUAUUCCAUGUCCCAGCCCCAUGGAGCAUUUGCAAAUCAAAUGCCAAGCAACUCACCAAUUAAAGUGUGCCCAUCCACGCCGCACACCUUACUUGAGCCGUACAAAAUGGAAACAAAAAACGAAAACGGAAUUAUGGUGAGCAGCAGGUGCAUUACUACAAUGGACAGAUAUUGUUCUUUUUCUAUGGAGGAGCUUCGAUGCGCAGACUAUCUAAAGGGCCACAAGGGCACAAUUGUGCAGAGGCCGUACAGCGCAUACGGCGCGCAAAGCUACCAACAGAAGCCGUCUGAAAUGAUGGGGUCAAGCCUGUUCCACAAAGUGCCAGAGCCCACAAGCUCGUUUGGAUCUCUUUCGCAGCCGGGGUUUCAAUCGCAGCCACGGCCCACAAGCAUGUUUUCGUCCUCACCAAGCAUGUCCAACAGCAUGUUUUCUCAGACACAGCAGCCCCAUUCUCCGUACUCCCAGCAAAGCAGCUCAUUUAUGAACCACACACAAAGCACUGCGUUUCCUGCACAGAACAGCACGAGCUCGCUGGGGUACAGCAACCCAUACGCGCCGCAGACUCCAGCAGCACACACGCCCAGCACAAGCAUGUUUUCCUCGCUGGGACAGCAGCCUGCGCCCUACGCACACAGCCUGGGUAGCCAGCCGCAACAGCCGCAAACCACCUCCUCUUUUUCUUCGCUAGGGGGUAUAGGGACCCAGCAGAGCUCGCUUGGCUCGCUGGGAAGCAGCUCUGCGCCACAAGGCAGCUCUCUUUUUGGAUUUGGCAGCUCGCCUUCCACCAACGUGCUUGGCACUUCCACCCAGAGCAGCACCGGGUUUGGACAGCCAGGCGGGGCCUUUGGGCUCGGAAGCACAACGCCGGCCGUCCAAACACUGCAGACGCCACAGACGGGGCAGGCAUCGCAAGCCCCGCAGACAUUGCAAAACUCUACGUUUGGAUCGCUCUCUGGGCAGGGCUCGUCUGCUUUCUCUCAAAUAGGCACAGCGCCGGCGCCUGCAGCAAGCUCGCCAUUUGGAGGGCUCGGCACUGCCGGGAGCUCGUCUUCGCAGGCGCCUGCAAGCUCUCUGGGGGCUUUUGGAAGCAGCUCGGCGCAGGGCGGGCUUUCCUCGGGCGGCCUUGGAGGAGCACAGAGCCAGCCCUUUGGAAGCACGCAAAGCACAGCGUCUCCGCUUGGCCUAGGCCUGUCCUCGGGCGGCCUUGGAGGAGCCGCGCAGGGCAGCACUGGAGGGCUGUUUGGGGCCUCCAGCAAGCUGUCGGAGCCGGCGGCACCGCUGUCGUUGGGGCUGGGCGCCAGCACGGCAAAGCCUCUUUUCUCCACAAGCACGCUAGACAGCGCGCCUUUGUCAAAGGGGCUGGACAUGGGGAGCAAACCGACAGCGCUUUCUUCGUUUGGGGGCACGGGAGGCAGCGGCUUACUGGGCGGAAUAGGCAGCUCGCUGGGGACAGGCAUGUUUGGCGGGGUCUCUGCUGCUGCAAGCACAGGGAAGGCCGCGGCGGCAGAGGACCCGUACCUGAUCAAGGCGCUGGACUUCAAAGAGUGCGAAGACUAUAAGAAAAAAAACAGCAUGGAAAUACCGGCGCCGCUGUUCAAAAAGAACACAUCGAGCAAAAUCAAGUUCAAGGCGGUUUCUGGGUUCAAGGAGUAUGCAGACAUAAGCAGGCUGCGGGAGAAGGAACAGAUUAAAGCACACAACAACCUGAUUGCAGAGGUGGAAGACGACGAGUACUACUGCAUUCCCUCCGUGGCGCAGAUAAAAAAAAUGCCCAGCAGGAAAAUCACAGGGUUUGUUUUGGGAAGAAAAAACCAAGGGCGGAUUGAGUUUCAGGAGGAGGUUGACCUGACCGGCAUAAAUCUGGACACUAUGCUGAGCAUGGUGCACAUAGAGGAGUCGUAUGUGUUUUUUGACUUUGACCACUCCCUCAUGCCGCCAGGACAGGGAAUCAACAAGGCGGCUCGAAUCAUUCUGGAAAACAUAUCAAUAUACAGCCAUGCAACAGGAAGCAUGAAGCCCAUCACAGAAGACGACCCGGAGUACGCAAACAUGCAGUCCAGGGCGCUGGCAAAUCUGCCAAAGGGGCCGGAUAUAGAAGACGCCAAGUUUGACGCCACAACAGGGAUUAUGACAAUCAUAUGCCGCUUCCUAUGGGUGUGA